ACACGAGAACCGGUCUAAAGGUUGAGAACCUGAGCUCCUUCUUCUUCUCAUCGAUCAAGAUGGGGAAUACGAAUUGCAUCGUCGGAGGUUGCAUCGAUCAAGCGAGCGUUGGUGUGGUAGAACGCUGGGGCCGAUUCGAGCACAUAGCCGAGCCUGGUUGCCACUUCUUCAACCCUCUCGCGGGUCAGUGGCUCGCCGGAGUCCUCUCCACCAGGAUCAACUCUCUCGACGUCAAAAUCGAGACCAAAACCAAGGAUAAUGUGUUUGUGCAGCUGAUUUGCUCGAUUCAGUAUCGUGUGGUGAAAACUAAUGCUGAUGAUGCGUUUUACGAGCUUCAGAACCCGAGAGAGCAGAUCCAAGCUUACGUUUUUGAUGUGGUUAGAGCUUUGGUUCCGAUGAUGACUCUUGACGCUCUUUUUGAACAAAAGGGAGAAGUAGCCAAGUCUGUUCUUGAAGAACUCGAGAAGGUGAUGGGGGCUUAUGGAUACAGCAUUGAGCACAUUCUUAUGGUUGACAUCAUCCCUGAUCCUUCUGUGCGCAAGGCCAUGAAUGAAAUCAAUGCAGCACAAAGGCUCCAGCUCGCAAGUGUUUACAAAGGAGAAGCAGAGAAGAUUCUCCAAGUGAAGAGAGCGGAAGCAGAGGCGGAAGCCAAGUACUUAGGCGGUGUGGGUGUUGCUAGACAGAGGCAAGCAAUCACGGACGGGUUGAGGGAGAACAUAAUGAACUUCUCUAGCAAAGUAGAAGGCACGUCAUCCAAAGAUAUCAUGGACUUGAUCAUGAUCACACAGUACUUUGACACCAUGAGAGAUCUUGGAAGCUCGUCUAAGAACACAACCGUGUUUCUGCCUCACGGUCCGGGACACGUUAGGGAUAUCAGCGACCAGAUACGUAACGGUUUGAUGGAGGCGAAUAGUGCUCGUGUCAGCGACGAAGUCUAAAGAGAGAUUCACUUGGGGUUGUGAAUUGGGUUUGUUGGUUUUGCUUUCUUCGAUUAUGGUUUAAAUUACAUUUUAGCACUUGGGUGUGUGUGAAUUUAUUUGGAUGUUGCUUCCUUUAUGUUUAUGUUUUUUUUUUAGUAUAUAAUAAUCCAAAGUACUUUGAAAUCAUAUUGUGUAAUAUUCUGAUUUCUUAAAAACGGUGAUGCAUAAAGAGAGCUUUAUAUAGUGAU